AAACAUAAUACAAAAGUCAAGUGAGAUCUACUUUGAUCUUGUGACCAAACCCUAACCUUCACGUUUUUUUGGCUACCAAACCGGAAAGAACAAAAAAAAAAAAAAAAAGAACGCGAACUUCUAUUUCUCUUACUCUCAUCUUUCACUAAAGCCCAAUAAAUUUUUUUUGCUCUUUCCUUGUUUCAUUUUCUUGAGUAAUUUGAUUCGGGGCUUAGAAAAUCAUGGCUUAUGCAUCUCACAUCAUCAAUCACUCUAAAAAGUUAAGAAAUGUUCCUAAUUUAAUGCGGCAUGUUCGUUCGUUUUCCCAUGGUGCACUAUCCUCUGUUUGUAAAAGGGAAGAUGUUAGAAAGACCCAUCCUCUUGGUUAUGUGCCUGCAGAAAGGGAGAGGGUAUCUAAGUUUGUUGCCUGUAGCCCUGUAUCAUCUGGUUUAUCCAAGAAUAGUCUUUCAAGGACAACAAUGAGAUUGGGAAGUCCAGUGGGUGGUUUGCUAUACGGUAGAGAACUUACAUGUUCGCAGGUACAGUCAAGGAGAGGAUAUGCAUCUGAUGCUGGCCUCCCUCCUCACCAAGAGAUUGGAAUGCCUUCUCUCUCACCCACGAUGACGGAGGGAAAUAUUGCAAGGUGGUUGAAGAAAGAGGGUGAUAAAGUGACUCCCGGUGAAGUGCUGUGUGAAGUUGAAACUGAUAAAGCAACCGUUGAGAUGGAAUGCAUGGAAGAAGGUUAUCUUGCCAAGAUUAUAAAGGAAGAUGGGUCAAAAGAAAUCAAAGUUGGUGAGAUCAUUGCCAUCACUGUUGAAGAGGAGGACGAUAUUGCGAAGUUCAAGGACUACAGUCCUUCAGCAUCAGAUUCUGGUGCUCCUGCAGCAAAAGGGCCAGCAGCUCCUUCCCCAAAGCAGGAGCCUGUUGAACAACCAGUUAGUUCACCAGAGCCUAAGACUACCAAGCCUAUUUCACCUCCUUCUGGAGAUCGCAUUUUUGCAAGUCCUCUUGCAAGAAAAUUGGCCGAAGACCACAAAGUACCUCUCUCAAGUAUCAAAGGAACAGGUCCUGAUGGACACAUCGUAAAGGCUGAUAUUGAAGAUUACUUGGGUUCACGUGGUUCAGCACCUACUUCUAAGGCAAUGGAAACUAAAGUUGCAGCUCUAGAUUACGUAGAUAUCCCUCAUUCUCAGAUAAGAAAGGUCACAGCAUCACGUUUAUUAUUCUCAAAGCAGACUAUCCCACAUUACUAUCUAACGGUGGAUACCUGUGUUGACAAACUUAUGGAUUUGCGGAGCCAACUCAAUUCGUUACAGGAAGCUUCAGGUGGGAAGCGUAUAUCUGUCAAUGAUCUUGUAAUUAAGGCUGCUGCAUUGGCUCUCCGAAAAGUUCCCCAGUGCAAUAGUUCAUGGACAGAUGACUAUAUCCGCCAGUAUAACAAUGUGAAUAUUAAUGUAGCAGUGCAGACAGACAAUGGGCUUUAUGUGCCUGUGAUCAGAGAUGCUGAUAAGAAAGGUUUGUCCUCAAUUUCUGAGGAGGUCAAGCAUUUGGCCCAAAAAGCCAAGGAGAACAGCUUAAAACCGGAAGAUUAUGAGGGAGGCACCUUUACAGUUUCGAACUUGGGAGGUCCAUUUGGUAUCAAGCAAUUCUGUGCCAUCAUUAAUCCUCCUCAGUCAGGAAUUCUUGCUGUUGGGUCUGCUGAGAAGAGGGUUAUUCCUGGCUCGGGUCCUGAACAAUUCAAGUUUGCUUCAUUUAUGUCUGUAACUCUAAGCUGUGAUCAUCGUGUUAUUGAUGGUGCAAUUGGUGCUGAAUGGCUGAAAGCUUUCAAAGGCUACAUUGAGAAUCCAGAAUCAAUGUUGCUCUAAAUCAACUGGGGGUUCUUGUUUCUUUUUGUUUUAGACGCAUUUCCUUGCAUUGACCAAUUUGCAUGUGGGCUUGAAUGCCAUCGGAGCAGUUCAUCCGAGUUCAAUUACCUGUUGCAUGUAUUCCUGAGCAAUUUUCUUCGGCCGUAGUGGUUUCACUGUAAAACCAAAUUGAUUUUUUUUGGGAAUAAGAAAGAUGGGAUCAUCAAUGAGGAACUGAACUGCGAACUGGAAUUUUGCCUUUUGCAGAGUGUAAUAACCCCUUCCAUAUAGUUAGUGUCUCCAUUAAACAAGUUUAGGCAUGCUAUGCCAUGAAUUUUUCUAAGAAUUUGGGUGAUUCUAAGAUCAA